AUGUCUUACAAUCGUCGUGAUCGAGGUUCCCCAGAAACAGAUAUAAACAUAUUAUUAUUAGGUGAAACUGGUGUUGGUAAAACAACAUUUAUUAAUGCAUUUCUUAAUUGCCUGUUUUAUAAUACACUUGACGAUGCAUUAAAAGAUGAACUAAAAGUUUUAAUCCCUUCUGCAUUUACAGUAACAGACAAUGAAACAUUUGAUAGUACAAAAAUUCUUGCUGGAACUGCAAAUGAUAAUGAAAAUUGCAAUCGGUCAAUACGUUUAAUUGAUGGACCAGGUGUUGCUGAUACUCGAGGUGUUGAUCAUGAAGCAAGAAAUUUUGAACAUAUUCUUAAUUAUAUAACAGUAACACGAGUAAAUAUUUAUUUUCGUUAUUGUGUUAAAGAAUUAUUAAGACAUUUACAUGUUAAUGCAAAAGAUAAUAUUAUGUUUGUAUUUACAAAUUCAUGUUCAACAUUUUAUCGACUAGGUGAAACAGCAGCAUUAUUAAAAAUUCUUCUUGGAGAACUUCAUGCAAAAACUGGUGUUGAAGUUCCAUUUAGUAUAGAAAACACAUUUAUAUUUGAUAAUGAAUCAUUUCGUUUUUUCGCUCUUUAUAAACACGGAUUAAAUUUUUUAAUGAAAGAGAAAAACAAUUAUAGUCAAAGUUGGAAUAAAUCUAUUGAAGAAUUUUCUCGUCUAAUUAUUCUUAUUCUUCAAUGUGAUCUUCAUGCUGUUAAAGAUAUGCCAUCAUUAAAUGAAGUUCAAUUAUUAAUACAUAAACUUUCUCGACCAGUAGCUGGAAUUGUUACACUUAUUGAAGAAAAUAUUUUAAUGGCUAAACAAUGUAAAGAAAAAAGUUUAAAUAAUUCAACAAAUCAAGUAUCAAAUAAAAUUCCACAAAAAACUGGAAAAUUUAUUCCACUUCAAGAAAGACUUACUGUUUGUGUUAAUGAAAAAUGUACGGAAAUUAUUAAUGUUAAUGGUGAACAACGAAUUGAUUAUAAAAAUAAUUGUCAUGUUGGUUGUUCAUUACAUAGAGUUGUACAAGAAUGUAUUGGUCAUCCAAUUAUUAAACGAUGUCGAGCACUUAGAAGAACAGGUUCAUGUCGACAUUGUGGUUGUCAUUGGACAAAACAUAUGCAUAUAACAUAUAAAUAUGAAAGAAAUUUAACAUAUAUUGAAAUAAAUAAUUCUAAUUCAUUACAAACACCUCAAUCAAUCAUGACAAUAAUUGAUAAAAGAAUGUCGGAUUUAAGAAAUGAAGAAACAGCAAUAAGAAAAAUUUGUGUUAAACUUUCACAAUUUUUAAAACAAAAUUCAAUAACACCAUUUAAUGAUGAUAUUAUUGAAUAUCUUCAACAUUUUAUUAAUGAAGAAAAACAGAAAAAAUCAACAGGAAUUGAUAAUAUAGAUAUUAUUAAAUGUUUAGAACAAAUGAUUAAAGAUUAUACAGAAGAAUUUAAUUUAUAUACGUCAAGUAUUUCUUCACAAAAUAAUUCAACAUCAACAGAUCGAUUUGACAAUACUGCACAAAUUGAAGAAAUGUUUAGUUUAGUACAAAAACUUUAUGAUUUACCAAUAAAUGGAAAAUUAAUUGAAGAACAAGUUAUACGAAUGAAAGAAGGUCGAGCACAAGCAGCUAAAAGUGAUGAACAAUUUGUUGAUUUACCAACAGGUUAUAUUUCUCCAGAUAUUCUUAACAAUUUAAAAGAUAUUGUUAAUCAUAAAUAUCUGUUGUAUGAUAAAGAAUUACAACCUAUAAACUCAUUAUCAUUAAUGCAAUCGAAACAACUUAUUGAUAUAAUGAAAUAUUUAUAUGAUUGCCGUAUUAUCCAUCGUCAUGUACGUCCAGAAAAUCUAAUGUUAGAUAGUGAUACUAAUCAUAUCAAAUUAAUUGACUUUGCUUUUGCCAUUACAUAUGAUGUGGAUGACAAGGCAGGCAGCAUAGGCGUAACAGAUACAGUUGCAUAUGCUGGUUAUGAAUUUUUAGAUUAUUAUUCAAAAUUAUUAUUUGGAUUAUGUUUACCAAAUUAUCGUUAUGAACGAACAUUUGAUUUAAAAUGUGCAUUGAAUGUUAUAAUAGCUCUGAAUAAUGUUCGUGUUCUAGCAAAGAUUUAUUCAAUUGAAACAUUAACAGAUAUUCACCAAAUAACGUUAGAAGCAUUACACUUAUGGCUAGAUACUCGACGAACGAAUAAAGAUUAUUCAAAUUUAUUAAAUUUAAUAACCAACUUACAUGAAUCAUCAACUUUUGAUGUUUUAAAAAAUCAAAUAGAAAAACUCUUCGAUUAUUGA